UCAUUGUUUCCGGGAGGAACUAAUUUAUCGCUGCAACACAGAAGAUCCUUCAUAGAGUGGACUUUUGUAAAAUGAAUAUGGCAUUAGCCGCCUGCGGGAGGGUAGUCGCGGGAGUGAUACCAAGCAGCGGUGCCCGGGUUUGUGCCGCAGCCUUGUUGUUUCGCCCUGCUGUCCGAUGCCAGAGUUCACUGCCUUCUACUGAGCAGUCAAGUUUUGUUCCCAAGACCUCAUUAUCUGCACCGUCUUGGCCAGAAAUUAAGCUGCCAGAUCCUAUUGAAGAAGCGGAACACCACAAAGAUGUUGUCGGAAGGAUAAACAACCUCGUAGCCACAGGACAGUUUGGAAGACUUUUUGCUGUCUUCUCAUUUUUACACAAACAAUGGAAAGUAACGGACGAAGAUCUUGUAUUAUUUCCUUUCCCCAUAGCAGCUGAAUGUGGCGACCGGAUUAGGCUAGAAAAGAUACUGCUUGUUGGCAGCGAUGAUUUCACGCUCAUCGGAAAACCUAUUCUUGGGAAAGACCUUGUGCGAGUAGAAGCUACAGUGAUUGAAAAAACAGAAUCCUGUCCAAACAUUUAUAUGAAGUUUUGGAAAAGACACAGAUAUCAAAGAAAGAAAAUUUUGGUUAAGGAACAGACGAUCCUGAGGAUAAACACUAUUGAACUUGCGCCUGUGUUAUCCUGAGUCUCUAUUUUCAUUUUAAAACGGCUAAUAAAAGUUGUUUCAGUUUGUA